GAACCCUUAGAGGCACAAAGAGACACAGAAAAAUAGUAACUUCUAAAGAGUACUGGACAGCCGGUCUUGCUAUACAACAGUUUGGACGUUUUGUGUCAGCAACGACAUACAUGGCUUCUUCACAAAGCAGCUCUCACCAAGAGCCAUGGCUGUUGGAAAAUGGCAACCUCAAGAGCUUGACCAAGGAGAUGCGGCACGGCCAUGGCCGCACCGCGCACAACCUCUCCGCGACGUCGCUCCGAAAGAAGUCAGACCUCACACUUAUCUCGAAGAUUCCUUAUGUCUGUCUCAGACAGAUGUUGGCUAAUCUUCAGGAGGUUGUUUUUGGGACCAAGCUUUUUGUACUCUUCCCAGCCAUCCCCCUUGCCAUUCUAGCAGAGUGUUAUGGUUUUGGAAGACCCUGGGUUUUUGCUUUGAGCUUACUUGGACUUAUACCACUUGCUGAACGUGUGAGCUUCUUGACAGAACAAAUAGCUUAUUACACUGGUCCGACAGUUGGAGGGCUCCUUAAUGCAACAUGUGGGAAUGCCACAGAGCUCAUUAUCGCUAUACUUGCUCUGAAGGAACAUAAAAUAGCAUUGGUCAAGUAUUCUCUCUUGGGCUCAAUUCUUUCCAACCUUCUUCUGGUUCUUGGCACAUCUCUCUUUUGUGGUGGCCUUUACAACCUUAGAAGCGAACAAAAAUACGACAGAAGACAAGCGGAUGUGAACUCACUCAUGCUGCUGUUGGCGUUGCUGUGCCACUUGCUACCUAUGUUGUUUCGGUUUGCUGGAGCCUCGGCGGCUUUGACAGCCGACCCGACACUCCAGCUGUCGAGAGCUAGUAGCAUCGUUAUGCUUAUUGCAUACGCUGCGUACCUCUUUUUCCAAAUGUGGACUCACCGCCAAUUGUUUGAAGCCGAGGAGGAAUCCGAGGGUGAUGGCGAUGUUGCAGAAGAAAAGCCCGCAAUAGGAUUCUGGAGUGGAUUUGCUUGGUUGCUCGGGAUGACCUUAAUCAUAGCUUUGUUGUCCGAGUAUGUCGUCGCUACAAUUCAGGAUGCAUCAGAGUCCUGGGGCUUGUCUGUCAGCUUCCUCAGCAUAAUCUUGCUACCAAUUGUUGGAAAUGCAGCGGAACAUGCAGGAGCAAUCAUUUUUGCUUUUAAGAACAAGUUGGAUAUAUCUUUAGGUGUUGCCUUGGGGUCUGCGACUCAAAUUGCAAUGUUUGUGGUUCCAUUGUGUGUGGUUGUGGCUUGGAUUAUGGGCAUCAAUAUGGAUCUUGAUUUCAACAUCCUUGAGACCGGCUCUCUUGCUUUAGCAAUAAUUGCUACAGCCUUCACUCUGCAGGAUGGAACUUCUCACUACAUGAAAGGAACGGUUCUCCUCUUGUGCUACGUUAUUAUUGGAGCAUGCUUCUUCGUAUCCAACCCACCAUUCAACCAAGCAAAUGUCAUCAACUCGUCGGGACUUAAGAUGACAACAAAAGCGGUCUUCAGAGUUUAAAGGGCUUUGCCUUGCGGGGUCACUCUCCAGAAAAGGAUUGCUCCAUUGAUACUUCAACAGAUUCAACGGAAUUUGUGUUCUUUGAUUUUGAUUGGACUCGCCUGUCUGAAAGCCAACAGUUACAUGUAUUUUUGCUGGUGAAUGGAUGUUGUCAUGCCCCCCCUAAAGUUGAGACGGGUUUUAUAUGAUGCCGUCGAAGCUUGAUGAAGACUGGCUAUCUAUAUAUAUAUAUAUAUAUAUGGUACCUCUCGUAACAUAGUGUUUUUGUACUAGGUAAGAAAAUAAAUGAUGUUUUUUGUGUGAUAGUUUUGUUUUGUCUUGUUUUGUUUCAUAUAAAUGCCAAAAGAGUGAUGGCAUACGGCACAUAUGGGUUGGAUUGCUUCACUCUUGUAUUGCAAUAAUAUUUAUUAAUAAAUGGAAAUUGGUGUUGUUUGUGUUUGCAA